UUAAUGUAUUUGUCUUCUUCACUUUAAACGCUUAUUAAAAUCUGCAACAAAAUGUUGGGAAGAGAAAGAUUUUUACUUUACGUGCUUUUGAUUAUUUGCUAUUGUUCUUAUACAGAACAACACCCCGAAUUCUACCUAAAAGAUAAAAGACCUAUGUGUUAUCCUGAGAUGGAAGAAGUUAUAAAUCAUAGGAAAGCUAGAAUUGUUGGAGGUUUCACUGCCGAAGAUAGAUUUGACCAAAUGAGAUUUGUGGCCGAGAUUCAUACUCCUAAAAAACGAUUGUGUCUAGCCACUGUGGUUACCGAAAAACAUUUAAUAACAGCCGCUCAUUGUCUUUACCGUCUACCACAUUUAAGCGAUAUCUUAUUGAUAAUUGGGGAUUUUGACAUUUCAACAACUGAUGAAGUCACCCACGAAGUUCGAUCCAUAAACGAUCUCGUAAUUCAUCCGGAAUUUGAUGGCAGAAGAGCAAAUAAUGACAUCGCACUUAUUGGGAUCGAUCCACCUGUUCAUCUAGGUAAAGAUAUAAAAGCCGCCGUUUUACCUCCUGUAAAUGCACAGCUUCCUAUUGGAACAAUGUGCACCAUCUGGGGGUGGCAAUACUAUCCUUGGACUGGAUACAGAAACGACGCUAAGUAUAUUUUGCAUCGGGUUGACAUUCCACUUGUUUCCAAAGACCAAUGUAGAAAAUAUUAUUAUUCCGUUAAUAAGACCAAACUUUGUGUCGGAGGACGAAAAGGGAUGGCGAUGACAAAACUAAAAUUUUAA